GAAAAUGUACUUUGUCCCCUCCGAUAUAUGAACGUACAUUAGUAAGCCUAUUGCCUCAUUCUGUUUCGUGGACUUGUCGAACAUCCAACUACGUAACUACGGUAGCAGUGCAGUGUUUCCCCGAAGUGUUUCAUAAUAUUCGCUCUUCGCUAGAUUUGAGAAUGACGGCUUCUUAAAAUUAUACGGUUGAUUUUGGGUAUCAACAAAUUAAAAGACGUUUUCUCUAGGGGUCUCAAGCGUUUAGUCCAAUACUAUUCCAGGAAUUGCAAGUAGCUUUAAAGAACAAGAUGUUGGAUAUUAUCCCGAAAGUUUCACUCGAUUCUCCUGAAGGUCAAGCAUUAUUACGAGAAUCCUCCAUCAAGCAAACCUUGUUAAUUCGACUAUCCAACAAGCAGCUGAAAAAUGGAUUCUGUGGCCUCACAUCUGUUGCGCACAUCAUGAGCUUCCACGCCCUCGCACUGAAAUACCCUGAUCCUUCGUUGCACGACCAUUGCGACGUUUCCGAUAUCCGCUACACCGAAGUCAACAUCUUUGACCACGAGGAGACAAAGUCAGUGCUCGGAACUGCAGAAUAUUUUGAUAAGAGAUUUCAAGGUGCGAGUCUCACUGAGAUUGAACUGUUGUUGAAGUUGCACGGACUUUCAGUCGUCACGAAACUCGGGAAUGAAAGCGACGCCGAGGAAUUCCGUCGAUUGGCAAAGGAAGCGUUAUCGAGCAACCAAUCGGGAGUCAUUCUCAAUUUUUACCACUAUUCAAAAGUUAAGUGGGGUCACUUCAGUCCGUUGGCGGCUUACCACGAGAAAUCAGAUCGGUUUCUGCUCUUGGAUACACGGGAUGAUCAUCCGUAUGUUUGGGUGACAGUCGCCGAUCUCUUCCCUUUGAUCAAUACACUGGACUCGAAAACGAAAAAGAGUCGAGGGUAUUUGAUUGUCACAAGUAAUCCGAACAAACUCAAAGACUCAUCUUAAUAAACGUUUUUUAUGAUGAUGAUAUCUGCAUGAGGAGCAUUAUGAUCCGAAAGGCACUUAAACGUAUUUCAUAUCAAUCACAUUUUUUAUUAUGUUAGUGGUCUUCACGACAAAAAAUAUUUCCUUUAUAUAUUAAUGCACAUUAUAUUAGUAAUUGUCUAGAGAUAUUUUACUAUCCAUUGAUUGUUUUAAUAUGGGCUAUUCCAUAAAAUAUUCAACAUUUUUGUACGUCCAACUCCAUUUUUCUCAAUUCUUCACUUCUCAAACUGACCAAGUCAUGGUCUUUUGAGAGCAUUACAGAGAACAAGAAAUCAGAAAAAGAAAAUAAUAAAGGUCCCACAUGUAUGGGGUCGGAUUCCAUAUUUUAUGGAAUUGCCCACAUGUAAACUGUGAUCACAUGCAAGACAAGAGUCGGAGAGGGUUAGAAAUGAGUCCCUGUUCAUCUUUGAUUUCGGAAGAUUGUUUGGAUGCAAUAACAAUAACAACAAACUAAAACAGAAAUUUUGUUUAUUAGUUACUAAUUUUCUGGGGUCCCUUUGGGCACAAUUUUGUGGGUGUACUUUUGUUUCCCUUGAAAACUUUGGAACAAGAUAGCUUGUGUGGAAACAGAAAAAUCAAAGAAACAUAUCUACGAAAGUUUGAGGAAAAUUGGACAAGUAAUGAGAGAGUUAUGACCAUUUGAAUAUUGCGAUCACUCAAGAGAUCUUCAAAUUGGGAAUGCGACAAAGAUGUGUGAUGUCACUUGUGAACAACU